CAUCACAUCCACUAACCAAAUGGGGUGGUGUGAGUGUCUCCUGUAAAAUAAAAGCUCUCCUGAUGGCCUGUUCCUGCACAUUUCCUGAGGACGCCCUCGAUCACAAGCAGGUAGAGUACAAAACAUGUUCUCCCUGCAGUCUCACGAACUGUGAACAAAAAUUGAAGUGAAAACUCCUAGUGCAUAACUCGUCAAUACUCCUGUGAUCGUAUAACCAUCAGCAAGAAAACAAAUUUGACUGAGCCCCCAUCCAGUCCUCUUUGCGUGGAAUCAGACCUCUUUCGCAGUGGAAAGGAGCAGAAAAUGUGACUUUCCUGAACAACAGGAGCAAGAAUCAGUGCCAGAUUCUUUUCUCUAAAAAUAAUCAAUUUGUUACUACAGUGCUGCAGCUCUGAUGGUUCAACUCUGCCAGAAGAUGGAUCUUUAAUGAUUAGCACUACACACUGACCAGCUCAGAAGAAGGAGCCACACCACCUGUGACUCCAGCCCUGACUUCUGCUCUGGACCAGUGUUUCCAUAACAGGGACUUCAAAAUCACUGUGAUCUGAAGCCUUGUUGAACAUGAAGAUGUUACUCCUGCUGCAUUGGCUUGGGGUGUUUCUGUCCUGUUCUGGACACAUCCAGGAUGAGCACCCCCAAUAUCACAGCCCUCUGGAUGUGGUGAUUCCUGUGAGGAUAACUGGCACCACCAGAGGCAUGAAACCUCCAGGCUGGCUCUCCUAUAUCUUGCCCUUUGGAGGCCAGAAACACAUUAUCCACAUAAAGGUCAAGAAGCUUUUGUUUUCCAAACACCUCCCUGUGUUCACCUACACAGACCAGGGUGCUAUCCUGGAGGACCAGCCUUUUGUCCAGAAUAACUGCUACUAUCAUGGUUAUGUGGAAGGGGACCCAGAAUCCCUGGUUUCCCUCAGUACCUGUUUUGGGGGUUUUCAAGGAAUAUUACAGAUAAAUGACUUUGCUUAUGAAAUCAAGCCCCUAGCAUUUUCUACCACGUUUGAACAUCUGGUAUAUAAGAUGGACAGUGAGGAGAAACAAUUUUCAACCAUGAGAUCCGGAUUUAUGCAAAAUGAAAUAACAUGCCGAAUGGAAUUUGAAGAAAUUGAUAAUUCCACUCAGAAGCAAAGUUCUUAUGUGGGCUGGUGGAUCCAUUUUAGGAUUGUUGAAAUUGUAGUCGUCAUUGAUAAUUAUCUGUACAUUCGUUAUGAAAAGAAUGACUCAAAGUUGCUGGAGGAUCUAUAUGUUAUUGUUAAUAUAGUGGAUUCCAUUUUGGAUGUCAUUGGUGUUAAGGUGUUAUUAUUUGGUUUGGAGAUCUGGACCAAUAAAAACCUCAUUGUAGUAGAUGAUGUAAGGAAAUCUGUGCACCUGUAUUGCAAGUGGAAGUCGGAGAACAUUACUCCCCGGAUGCAACAUGACACCUCACAUCUUUUCACAACUCUAGGAUUAAGAGGGUUAAGUGGCAUAGGAGCUUUUAGAGGAAUGUGUACACCACACCGUAGUUGUGCAAUUGUUACUUUCAUGAACAAAACUUUGGGCACUUUUUCAAUUGCAGUGGCUCAUCAUCUAGGUCAUAAUUUGGGCAUGAACCAUGAUGAGGAUACAUGUCGUUGUUCACAACCUAGAUGCAUAAUGCAUGAAGGCAACCCACCAAUAACUAAAUUUAGCAAUUGUAGUUAUGGUGAUUUUUGGGAAUAUACUGUAGAGAGGACAAAGUGUUUGCUUGAAACAGUACACACAAAGGACAUAUUUAAUGUGAAGCGCUGUGGGAAUGGUGUUGUUGAAGAAGGAGAAGAGUGUGACUGUGGACCUUUAAAGCAUUGUGCAAAAGAUCCCUGCUGUCUGUCAAACUGCAGUCUGACUGAUGGUUCUACUUGUGCUUUUGGGCUUUGUUGCAAAGACUGCAAGUUCCUACCAUCAGGGAAAGUGUGUAGAAAGGAGAUCAAUGAAUGUGAUCUUCCAGAGUGGUGCAGUGGUACUUCCCAUAAGUGCCCAGAUGACUUUUAUGUGGAAGAUGGAAUUCCCUGUAAGGAGAGGGGCUACUGCUAUGAAAAGAACUGUCAUGACCGCAAUGAACAGUGUAGGAGGAUUUUUGGUGCAGGCGCAAAUACUGCAAGUGAGACUUGCUACAAAGAAUUGAACACCUUAGGUGACCGUGUUGGUCACUGUGGUAUCAAAAAUGCUACAUAUAUAAAGUGCAAUAUCUCAGAUGUCCAGUGUGGAAGAAUUCAGUGUGAGAAUGUGACAGAAAUUCCCAAUUUGAGUGAUCAUACUACUGUGCAUUGGGCUCGCUUCAAUGACAUAAUGUGCUGGAGUACUGAUUACCAUUUGGGGAUGAAGGGACCUGAUAUUGGUGAAGUGAAAGAUGGAACAGAGUGUGGGAUAGAUCAUAUAUGCAUCCACAGGCACUGUGUCCAUAUAACCCUCUUGAAUAGUAAUUGCUCACCUGCAUUUUGUAACAAGAGGGGCAUCUGCAACAAUAAACAUCACUGCCAUUGCAAUUAUCUGUGGGACCCUCCCAACUGCCUGAUAAAAGGCUAUGGAGGUAGUGUUGACAGUGGCCCACCCCCUAAGAGAAAGAAGAAAAAGAAGUUCUGUUAUCUGUGUAUAUUGUUGCUUAUUGUUUUGUUUAUUUUAUUAUGUUGUCUUUAUCGACUUUGUAAAAAAAGUAAACCAAUAAAAAAGCAGCAAGAUGUUCAAACUCCAUCUGCAAAAGAAGAGGAAAAAAUUCAGCGUCGACCUCAUGAGUUACCUCCCCAGAGUCAACCUUGGGUGAUGCCUUCCCAGAGUCAACCUCCUGUGACGCCUUCCCAGAGUCAUCCUCAGGUGAUGCCUUCCCAGAGUCAACCUCCUGUGACACCCUCCCAGAGUCAACCUCGGGUGAUGCCUUCCCAGAGUCAACCUCCUGUGACGCCUUCCCAGAGUCAUCCUCGGGUGAUGCCUUCCCAGAGUCAACCUCCUGUGACACCCUCCCAGAGUCAACCUCGGGUGAUGCCUUCUCAGAGUCAACCUCCUGUGAUGCCCUCCCAGAGGCAACCUCAGUUGAUGCCUUCCCAGAGUCAACCUCGGGUGACACCUUCCCAGAGUCAAUCUCCUGUGACACCCUCCCAGAGGCAACCUCAGUUGACGCCUUCCCAGAGUCAACCUCCUGUGACGCCCUCCCAGAGCCAACCUCGGGUGACACCCUCCCAGAGUAAACCUCAUGUGACACCUUACCGGAGCCAAAGUGGUAAACAAAAGCAAUCAGUACCAAUUCCAAAAACUGUGUCUAGAAAAGGUACAUUAAAAAAAUAAUUCCUAGUA